AUGGCCGGUGCCGUCGGAGGGCAAAAUGAGCUCAUUCAUUUAACCUUGGUUGAUUUCUUGUCGGGUGACGUGCUGCAAAACUGCCUGGUCAACCCCUCAAGGCCCAUCAAAAACUGGCGAGAAGGCAUCACUGGCAUCAACGCCGCGGGUAUGCAGAAAGCUGUCGCGAAGAACGAGGCCUUGCACGGCUGGAAGGCUGCUCGAGAUGAGCUCUGGCGGUUCGCCGACGAGGAUACCAUUCUCAUCGGACAGUCGAUCCAUAACGAUCUUAAAGUAUUGCACACCUACCAUUCCAGAAUCGUCGACUCGGCUAUCGUCACCGCCGAUGCUGUACUGCGGGGUGGGUCCAAGAUACGGAAGAGAUGGGGUCUGGAGACUCUCUGUCGCGAGUUGCUGGGCAUCCAGAUCCGUCAAUCCUCUCAGACGGGCGGUGGUCUAGCCCACGAUGCGCUGGAAGAUGCGCUUGCGGCAAGGGAGCUGAUUAUCGUGUGUGCUCUCAGACCAGAACGGCUGGAGAGCUGGGCUUGCGCCGCGAGGAAGGUUUUUUUUGAGAAGAGCGACAGCAAGUCUAAGAAACCUCGGGCAGGCAGCAAUCAACGCAAAAGGGUUUCUCAGUACAAGGCUAUGGAGGAGGAAGACAUUGAGGAGAUGCUGACAUGGGAAGAUGUGGUAGACUAUGAGAUAUGGCCGAAGUCGCCUCCGGACUCAGACUAG